AUCUCGCUACGUUACUAGUUACUAGUAUAGUUGUCAAAAAUUGUACCUGCAGUUAUCAAAAUGAAUGAAUGUAAACAUUCAAAUCUUUAAAUAAAGAUUUAUUUCCAACUAUGGUGUAAUUAUUUGAUACAUUUAUUUAAAAAAUGUCGUUUAAUUCAGAUUCAGACUUAGAAGUGAAAGUGCGUAAAUCAACAGAAAGAAUAUCAGAAAAUAUGCAUAUAGUAGCAAAUGAACCGUCUUUAGCUUUUUAUAGGCUUCAAGAACAUGUACGAAAAGCUUUAAAUCCAAUGGUGGACAGAAGAGUUGAUGUAAAUAAAUUACAUACUGAACUUCAAGGACGGUGUUACGAUAUAGAGUAUGCUGUAGGAGCACUGAAAGCAAUGGGAAAGGCUGAAGAUAGUUUCAAAAAUAUUCAAGACAAUUUGAAAAAUGCAAUUUUUCUUAAACAACAGCUCAAAUAUGAAGAAUCUAGGAAGAAAAAAUCAGAUACAAACUCUGUCUAUAAACGUCUUUCUGCUCAUAUUACUUUAGAUCUUCCCGAGUUACCAGAACUUUCUGAUGUAGUUCGAGAAACUGCAAAUCGUGUGGAACACAUGAUGUCUAAAGCUACACAUUCCUCUUCAAGUAGUUAAUAUAUUAACGUUUUGUUAUGUACAUAGUUCAAUAAAUUAUUUAUAUAUAG